UUGUUACCUCUGUUAUUAUAUAGAUAUACAAAUAUGUCGGGAAUUUUGGCUGCUGCUGAAACAGGAAAUUUUCAGGAAGUAAAACAGUUGGUUGAAUCUGGUGUUGAGGUUAGUGAAAAAGACGAUGAUGGCAAGGCGGUUCUUCAUUAUGCUGCAUCAUCUGGUUCUCUGGAGAUUGUCACAUAUUUAGUUGAACAAGGUGCUGAUAUAAAUUGUAAAAACGUGGACAAUAAAACUGCUCUUCACUAUGCUGCUUUCAAGGAUUCAUUGGAAAUUGUCAAAUAUUUAGUUGAACAUGGUGCAGAUGUUAAUUUUGAAAAGAAUGGCAAUGGUAGUCCUCUUCACUUUGCUGCCCAACUGAAUUCACUUGAAAUGGUCAAAUAUUUACUUCAACAUGGCGCUGAUAUAAAUUGUAAGAACGUGGAAAAUAAAACUGCUCUUCACUAUGCUGCUCACUAUAAAUCAUUGGAAGUUGUGAAAUAUUUAGUUGAACUUGGCGCGGAAGUAAAUUUCGAAAGCAAUCACAAUGAUAGUCCUCUUCACUAUGCUGCUGAACUGAAUUCACUGGAAAUGAUAAAAUAUUUAGUUGAAUAUGGUGCUGAUAUUAAUUGUAAAAGCAAGAGUAAUGCCACUGCUUUGAGUGUGGCUGCUCGAAUCGGAUCACUGGAAAUUGUCGAAUAUUUAGUUGAACAUGGUGCAAAUGUAAACCGUGAAAACAAUGAUAAUGAUAGCCCUCUUCACUAUGCUGCUAGAAAGGGUUCACUAAACGUCGUGAAAUAUUUAAUUCAGAAAGGUGCGAAUGUGAAUUUUAAAAAUGAGUGGGAUAAUACUGCUCUUCACUAUGCUGUUGAGUCGGAUUCAUUGGAAAUUGUCAAAUAUUUAGUUGAAAAUGGUGCUGAUGUAAAUUGUAAAAGCAAGGGUAUGGCCACUGCUUUGCAUUUUGCUGUUAGAAAAGGUUCGCUAGCAAUAGUCGAAUAUUUAGUCAAGAAUGGUGCCAAGGUUACAACAAAAACACGUCGUGGAGACAAAACAGUUCUUUAUUGGGCGUGUAUAAAGGACAACGAAUUAAUAGUUGACUACCUUCUGCAACAUGGUGCAAUCAAAGACACUCAUAAGACCGAUCGUUUGGGGCGUUGUUGUUUGGUUAAAGCAUGCUAUGAUGGCAAUACUGCUGUAGUUCAAACAUUUCUGAAGUUUAAAGUUGAUAUACGAAAGGAGGUGGAACUUCUAUGUGGCAAUGAAGAGAUCGCGAAUAUUCUCAAUCUGGAACUAAACAAGUCCAGGAAACAUCGCGAGAAAAUUGAGAAAUUAAAAGCAUUGAGUGAUGAAAAGUUGACAAAGGUAAUACAUUUUCAACUAAAUUUCCCCCGAGCCAACGGCGCUUGCGGGCGUAAGCCCAGGCCGAGGGUACCACUUCCGCCUGGCUAUUGCACCUGGGAAUUCUAAAGUUCAUCAAUUAUCGGGACCAAUCCCACAUAGGGUGAUGCGGUUAUUCGGUUAACCGAGAACUGGGAUUCCCACAUUAACCAAAAUUUGGAACUUAACAAGUCUGGACAAAAUUUUCAUCGUAGCUUGAAAGAGCAUCGCAGAAUUAGCAAUAUUCCAAAGUUUCGUUGCGAAAAGUUGUAAAAUGCGGAUAAUAUAGCGUUGCAAAAUUUGCAAUUUUCAGUCAUUUUGUAUUACAAAUGGGAAAUGGUUACCACUUCCGUGCGUAAUACAAAAUGACUGAAAAUUACAAAUUUCGCAGGGCUAUAUUAUCUGCAUCUUACAACAUUUCGUAACGAAUCUUUGGAAUAUUACUAAUUUUGUGAUGCUCUUUCAAGCUGUGAUGAAAUUUUUGUUUAGGCUAGUUGAGAUCAAAAUUUUGGAAAAGUGGUACCCGUUUCUCGCUCGUAAUACAAAAUGACUGAAAAUUGCAAAUUUCGCAAGGCUAUAUUAUCCGCAUUUUACAACAUUUCGCAACAAAACUUUGGAAUAUUACUAAUUUUGUGAUGCUCUUUCAAUGCUGUGGUGGAAUUUUGUCUAGACUUGUUGAGAUCAAAAUUUUGAUUAAUAUGGGAUUGGUCCAAAAAUUCAAUCGGAAACCCGAAAAAUCGAUUGAUGGGACGAGCAGCCAAACAGUUUAUUUGUCUGCGCUUUAUAAGAAAAUAAUCAGGGAUAAUAGAUUGCAGAAAAUCGUAAACCCUAAGCGUAUAAAAUGAACAAGACAAGCGUGUUAAGUACUAUUUUAAAACACCUAUAUAUAUAUUUUUUUUUUUUAUUUUUUAUUUUUUUUAUUAACUUUACAAUCAUAUUAUAUAAAAAAUACACAUACAGCUAUGAUUGAAGGAUUGGACAACAGAACUAGAAUCCCAUACUAAGUCCAUCCAUGCAUCUAACACUAAAACACGACAUACUACGGACUGCAAACUGGACAACGUAAAUACUGAUUUUACAGGCCUUUAUACUAUAUAAAACAUGCAAGUAUAAAUACAUAACUACACUACUGUGAAAUUAUUUGUGAGGUUCAGUUUUGACCACCACCACCACAUAACCACCACAAAUACUACUUAAGCUAACAAUAAUCAACUUUUGCUUGAAAAAAAGGAUCUCAUCUAUGGCUCUGUCAAAAUUGUGAAUAUUUUGCACAGAAGUUCGCAGUUUGCUGCCAAAAACUUAGUACCGCUGCAUAUUAACUCAGCAACUGUUUAUAUUUGGUGAAACUUCAGAAGGAGAGAGGGAACAUCCAGAACUCCCAUCCUUUUUGCAGUAUAAGUAGUAGCUAGCUGCUGACCGACUAGCGGAAAAAACUGAGCACGGAGCGGACGACAUUUGCAGUGGCGCCGCCGCAAAUUUUUUUUCCGUAGACAGUCGGACUCCUCAUUGAUAGUCGGACGCAUCAUUGAUCCGCGUCCAGGCCUUUGCGCAUUAUCGAUGGAUCUCUUCAUACCCUGCAUAACCCACUGGUGCACCAUAUAUCCAUCACUGCACGUUGUUCGUCUUCGACCACGUGUAGAAAGAUGAAUAAUUUGCUUCGCGAUGCCAUAGUGAAUCUACAAACUUUGUUUUUCUAGUUCCGAAAAUACUCCAGAACUGCUAUUGCUAGUUAAAACUAUAUAUCAUCUCAGUUGAAGAGAGUUAGGAUAAGAUAACUAGAGUGAAAGGAAAUACUGGAAGAUUCAAAGACAAAGUGACCAUCAAGACCACUUUCCAUAAAUAGAAGUAUUGCCGAAUAUCCGUCCACUAGUAAUAUUAUAUCACGUACCCCGGCCACGUUUCACUGGAUACGUAUAUACUAGAUCUUAUUGCCUCGUUCUAAUAUACACAAACUAAUUACUAAGACAAUAUUACGAAUUGAUAUUAUAAAGGAAAUAUCAUGUAAGACUUUUAAUGUGUAUGCCUUAUAAUAUAAAAAAAUUUCUCCCAGCGACGCUAAUUAAUCAUAAUCUGUCAAACACCAAUAUCCGGUUGUGAGGAACAUAUUUACAUAUUACAUCACAUUUAAAAUUAAGCUCUCUGCAGCAUGAGAAUUUAAUCUAUUAAUGCUAACUAACUGUCGCUUAAUCUCAAAAUAAUUACUUGACUACGUAUCCACUAAAAUAUAGAAGCUACGUAUAGCAUGAGAAUUUGAUCUAAUGCUAAUCUCGAUCACUGUAUGCCUCGUUCCCAAAAUAACUACUUGACUGCGUAUCCGUGUAUCCACUACAAUAUAGAGCUAUCAAUCUAUUUAUUAUUAAUCUAUUGAGAAUAAAUAUAGAUGUAUUAAUACAUCGUAUUCAUGAUGUUUGAAAGGCAUAGCUUAAAAAGUGGACGGGUAUUCUGCAAUCGCUACGGAAGAUAUUGCAAUGUUUUUCAGAAUUAUGGAAUCGGAAACAAUUAAACUUACAAACAGUUACAAAAGUAAAGAAAAGCAAGUGGGAAUCAGUGGCGAAUAUUACUUAAUAAAAUAUGUCAGAUGUCAUCACCGUACAAGAUAUGAAGCCGCAAUGUGUCCUGCUCGGAUUUUGGCAUCUCAACCAAACAAUACAAUAUUAAAUAUUUUGAAAUCACCAUUCAAUUGCGUGCGCAACUUUGGGAAGGCGCAUCUAAUAAGAAGAGUAUCCGCUGAAUAUAUUGUUUAAGGGCGCGGGUCAAUGAUGCGUCCGACUAUCUAUGAGGAGUCCGACUGUCCACGGAAAAAAAAUUUUGCGGCGCCGCCAGCUCGAUAAUUGGGGGGCACAUAUUCAUAUAUUCGUGUUCUGCAUUGUUAAUUUUCUUUGAAAUCGAUUGUUUUUAAGGUCUGUGAACACGAAUAUAUGAAUAUUGCCCCCCGUCCCCCCCCCCCAAUUGUUGAGCUGGCAGCGCAACUGGACGUUUGUAAAACAAGAAUCAUAUGAAGUACCUUAAUUUGGUAUUUCAGAGUUUUACUUUUGAUUAUUAGGCAGUCUAUUAAUAUAAACUAAAUAAACUAACAUAUUAUUUUUUUGACAUUCUUAAAGAAACUACGGCAUACGAGUUUUGCAACAUUUGUAAAUAAUGUUUAUUUAAUCUACCGCAGGUUGGAUCAACAUUAAAGUGUUUUUCCGCAAAGAAAGAUUAUCUGCUCGGAAGAGGUUGUAUGGGCACAUUUGUUUAUGUUGGUAUCAUGGAAGAUGGCAGUGAAGUAGCUGUAAAAAGGAUUUUGGUACCAGCAUCUGAAGAUUUAGCUGAAAAUGAGAAAAAUAUCCUGAGUCGAGUCGUGUCACCAUUUAUAGUGAGCUAUCGAACUUUUCUCGAAGACGCAACCUUCGUUUAUUUAAUUGUUGAUCUGUGUGAAGAAACAUUGAAGGAACAUGUUGAAUCCAAAACUAUUGAAUACUUGAGAGAGUAUGGUCCAAGAAUGAUCAAACAAAUCCUAAGUGGGCUUAAAUGUCUCCAUGAUCUUGGAAUUUUGCACCGAGAUCUCAAACCAUUGAACGUCUUGGUUGAUAAUGAAGGUCGCAUGAGAUUGACAGACUUUGGACUAAGUCGUGUUCUAAAUGAAGACUCGACCACAGUUGAUACAUUAGGGAAAGGAACCCUAGAAUGGAUGCCCGCUGAAGUAAUUAAAGCAAGGAAUGCGGACGAGAUAGGACGUUUUAAAAAGAAAUCUGAUAUUCAUGCUUCAGGAAUGAUCGCUUUCUUUAUUUUAACCCAAGGUGAACAUCCCUUUGGUCUUUGGCAUGAUCGUAUGAGAAAUAUUUUGGCUGGAAAUCCAAUUUACUUGGUCAAUCUUGAAGAUCCUAAGGCUAAAAAGUUUGUAUCAUGGUUGAUCUCUUAUAAGAUUGAUGAUAGACCUUAUGCCGAAGAAGCAUUGAGUCAUCCCUUUCUGGAUCAAGUAGAAAUUUAUGAAGAGCUUCAUAAGCCAAUAAUCUCAUUGACUGGUCGAUGACGUUCCGAUGUAAAAACGUUCAACGUUUUGCAAUUUCAAUAUUAAAGACAACAUGUUAUCCUCUUAGUGCAGAGGAGUAAUAAAUAGAAGAGUCCCGCAACAAAUGGCUUUUGCCUUAACUUACCGCGAUAUAAGAUUUAUCGAACGGUUUAAUCUUUAUUGCAACUUUCAUUAGGAUUUAGGAGAUUUAAGCAAAACUUUAAACCCUCCUCCUCUAAGCGCGAGAAGCACAAUGAACAUGCAUGAUAAACUUCACGCAUGCGAAAAUAUUGAUGAUGUCGAAUAAAUCUUUUGUCACGUCAGCAGCGACCGCGUGUGAAGAAAAAUAAAGUUUAACACUUUGCUGUGGUAGUAUAACAAGUUAAUUAACAUACUUCAAACA